AUGGCGUCUAAUGGAGCAACCACUUCAGCAAAGCCAAAAACAAUAAGGAGAAAGAUUGAGAUCAAGAAAGUGGAACAGAAAAGCAGGCGUCACGUGACUUUUUCCAAACGCAAAUUGGGGCUUUUCAAUAAACUCACCGAACUUUCCAUUCUGUGCCAUGCAGAAACCGCUUUGAUCGUUACGUCUCAAAACGGCAAGCUCUAUUCGUGUGGCUACCCUGAUGCUGACGCCGUCAUUCGCCGUUAUCUCACGGGAGCGUCUCCGCAAUGUGGCAGUAAACGGAAGCAACAAGAGUUAACUGAAAGCCUAAGGCUAGAAUACGAGGCCUCUCAAAAUCACUUAUUAGAAGAGAAAACGCGUUUGCAAGAGAUUAAAGAAGAGUCAGAGAAGAAUAGCUUUGGGUUUUCAUCGUGGUGGAACCAUUCCAUUGAGGAUAUGAGUUUGGAUAAUCUUGAACAGUUUAAGUCUUCUUUGGAAGGUUUGAAGCUUAACUUAGUUGCGGCGGUGCAAAAUGAGAAGCUUGCGGUGGUGCAAAAUGACAAGUUCAAUUGUGAAUUUCCACCUUUGCCACUUGCAGUUGUUCCACCGCCACAGUUGCCAAACUCGUUGAUUCAGCGUCUUAGUGAACAUCAAGUUCAUGAUUAUUGGAAUAGUGGUGGUGAUGGUAUUGAUUACCUUCCAUUUAAAUUUCCUAGGAGUAGUUUUGCCCAUUAUUAG